CGCGUACGGAUUUUUGCGGGUGUCUCUCUCACAAACCAACCAACUACCGACAAGGAGUACAACACAAAAAAAACUGUUUUCUUCUCAAUGAAGUGAAAAAUACAAGCGAAAACAAUUUUUAGACAAAAAGAAAUUGCGGUUUGGUGAGAGGAUAUUUAAAUUAUGUGGAUUAAACCAUAAGCGAAAAGUGGUCACCUUAAUUCCGAAAAAGAAACAUUAGUGUCGACGUUGUUCCCCCGGCGGUGGUUUAAGGGAAGGAUACAAACCAUCUUCCCAGGAGUGAGGUUAUGUUGCAGUGUUUUUUGCUGUUUAUUUUUUUUUUCCUGUUACUUUUGACACUUGAACGCUGCUGCUGCGCGUUGUGUGACAGUUCACCGUGACCUUUGCCACCGAGCUUUUUUGACAAACAACUUCGGCCGAAGGGACCAGAGCAUCGAUUUUCAUUGUCGUCGUUCUCUGCGCAACAGAACUGGCUGCCUCGGCUGCUGGUGCCGCCGCUGGACCAUUCCAUCUCCGUCCAGGAUAGAUAUUUUUUCCUUAUUUUUCGGGGUUUUUUUUGCGUUUUUAUUUGCGGAAAGAAAAUUGUGCUCAAGAUUGGUGAAUUGGGUUUUGUGAAUGAAGUUAGGAAGUUUAGCCGGACUUGUCCUGUAGUGUUGAGUGAGGAUGGUGUCGCAGCAGUGGUCCGAAAAUUCGGCUGCUGCAGGCCAGAGGCCAUGAUCCGAGCCUAGUGAGUGAGUGACGGUGAGGGACGGUUCCCCCGGGGGAAAGUAUCACAGUGAAGAGCGCGAGGAAAAAUGAACCGAAUGUCUCAAAUGGUGAUGAAGAUGAUGGCUCGAGAAAUGGUGUGAUGCUGGAGAAAUUCCAAUGAAAUAGUUUCACACCGCGCCAGGCAGGCAGGCAGGCAGUGCGAGCUUUCAGUCCCCACACACAGAGAUUCCCACGGAUUUGCCACAGGCCAGAGUGAGACAGUGAGUGAGUGAGUGAGUGAAAGAAGAGUGUAAAGGCAGACCUCGGUCGCAAAGUCACAAGGAGUGUGCUCUGAGAGGAGGUAGUGGCCUUGAUUUGCCCCACCUGGCCCCUCUCUCCCCCACCCCACCCAGCAAAAUUCAGGAUCACCACCAACAAGAAGAAUAAAACUAGUUCAGACACAAACCAGCAUGCCACAUCAGUACGGAAUACCGGGCUACGGCCAGACGCCGCCGAGUCCGCCCACGCAUCCCCACGGUGGGGCCCUCAUUCCGCGACUCUCGGCCGCGGUCUCCGCCAGCCAGCAGCAGCAACAGCAACAGCAGCAGCAACAGUCACCGUCCGCGAUGCUGGGCCCCAACUCCGUAACGCCGAUCUACCGGGGGCCGAUCGAGGAGCGACGGUUGACGCGCGAGGCCAUGGAGAAGUACCUGCGGGAUCGCAACAACAUGAUCAUCGUGAUACUGCACGCGAAGGUCGCCCAAAAGUCGUACGGCAACGAGAAGCGCUUCUUCUGCCCACCACCCUGCAUCUACCUGUUUGGCGAGGGCUGGCGGAUGCGCAAGGAGCAGAUGCUGCGCCGCGGCGAAAGCGAACAGUCCACCCAACUAUGUGCCUUCAUCGGGAUCGGCAGCUCCGACCAGGACAUGCAACCGCUGGAUCUGAACAACUCGAAGCAGUACUGCGCGGCCAAGACGCUGUUCAUCAGCGACUCGGACAAGCGGAAACACUUUAUGCUGUCGGUGAAGAUGUUCUACGGGAGUGGGCACGACAUCGGGGUGUUUCAGUCGAAGCGGAUCAAGGUGAUCUCGAAACCGUCGAAGAAGAAGCAAUCGCUGAAGAAUGCGGACCUGUGCAUUGCGAGCGGGACGAAGGUGGCGCUGUUCAACCGGUUACGGUCGCAGACGGUUUCGACGAGGUAUCUGCACGUGGAGGACGGCCACUUUCACGCGAGUUCGACGCAGUGGGGCGCGUUCACGAUACACCUGCUGGACGACAACGAGAGCGAGUCGGAGGAGUUUCAGGUUCGCGACGGGUAUGUGCACUACGGAGCCACGGUGAAGCUGGUCUGCUCCGUGACGGGGAUGGCCUUGCCCCGGUUGGUGAUCCGGAAGGUGGACAAAGCGAUGGCAUUGCUCGAGGCGGACGAUCCGGUGUCACAGCUGCACAAGUGUGCCUUCUACAUGAAGGACACCGAGCGGAUGUAUCUCUGUCUGUCGCAGGAGAAGAUCAUUCAGUUCCAGGCCACGCCCUGUCCAAAGGAACCCAACAAGGAGAUGAUCAACGACGGCGCCUGCUGGACCAUCAUUUCCACCGACAAGGCCGAGUACCAGUUUUACGAGGGGAUGGGACCGGUCCGGACGCCGGUCACGCCAGUGCCAAUAGUCAAUUCGUUGCACCUAAACGGGGGCGCCGAUGUGGCCAUGCUGGAGAUUACGGGUGACAACUUUACGCCGUCGUUGCAGGCGUGGUUCGGCGACGUCGAGGCCGAAACCAUGUACCGGUGCGCGGAAUCGCUGCUCUGCGUCGUGCCGGACAUUUCGCAGUUCCGCGGCGAGUGGUCAUGGGUCCGCCAGCCAACGCAAGUGCCUAUCUCGCUGGUGCGCAACGACGGCAUCAUCUACGCGACGGGGCUGACCUUUACGUACACCCCGGAACCGGGUCCGCGGCAGCCGUGCAACGCCGCCGAGGACGUGCUGCGGCGGGCAAACAGCAAUAGCAACACCAACAACAACAACGGUGGCAACGGAAACGGCAACAACAACAACGGCACGGGCGGUUCCACCGGGGGUGGUUCGUUGCCGCCGAUCUCGGACGUGGCCUGGAGCUCACACGGCGGGGCCGGAAUUCCGUAAGAUAAGUGCGUUGGGCGGGGGGUGUUUCUGUGUUUUUGUUCUACUUUUUAUUUUUUUAGUUUUUUUUUUCGCGAGGAUGUGGAUAUUUAUUACCUACCUAUACAUAUUUGCUAAUUUAUACAUAUACAGUAUUUUUACAAACAAAAAACAAGAAAAAAAACGAGAACAAAAACGAUACACGUGAGGGCAAGUAAUCUCAAGAAAUUCCUAGAAAUGAGUAAAGAUUUAAACAAGUAAAAAACACACACGCUAAGCCAAUGAAUUGUGCGUGUUUGUGAAAAAAGAAUGUCCGGGAAAUAAAACGAAAACAAACAUUCGAGUAUAUUUUUCCUAAGAUUUAUUUUCUCGCUCUCCUAUUUGCAGCAGAGAAGAAAGUUGUAGACUAUCAUUUCCUAAAACUCUAUUUUUAAGGAAAGUCGUAUUUUGACAGAUUUUUGUAAGAGAAUUACUAUUUUUAAGGCAGAGAAGAGAGAUUACGUGAUCAUCGAUCACACAAACACACAGACAUACAGACAGACAUUGAGAUGAACAUAAGAAAAAAAUGGUGAUAUAUGCAGGUUUUAAAGAAUAAAAAAACAAAGUAUUUAAAAUUUAAAAACUGUGGAAUCAAAGUGACUCUAUUAUUUUCCCGCGAAGGCAAAAUCUGACAACGAAAUCGUUCUUAAGAGGAGAUCUAGCAGCUAAAGCUAAGAAAAAAGCAAGAAAAAGACACUUUUACCGAACCGUAUUCUUUUUAAGAGAGAAACUGAAAGACAGAGAAUGAAAGAGCUAAGAACACGCGUAUCUGAGCAUUUUAAACUGGGAAUAAAAUUGCCAAAGAAGUAGAAAAAAAA